AUGAGCUGCGAGAAGCAAUUCGUGCCUGCAAAUAACACCAUCCUCUACUGUUCUGAGAGCUGUCGACUCCACGACCAGGCCCCAACCUACACCCGCUCGCAAUCAUACUCAGCACUACCUUCAUACUCCCCACCAGCUUCACCUUUCACGCGAAACUCUCUCGAUGAUGGCCCCGACAUAAUCCCCCGCUUCUCACCGACCCAAUCGCGACCACGCUCCUACUUCAACUCUGAGCCCUACCCAGCGACCUAUCAAGCAUCCCACAUCUCCUCCUCCCCACCCAAAGCCUCCAUGCACUCCCGUUCCUCCACCGCCCUCGCCUCCCUUCGUGAGCUGGCAACCGUCCUCCCCAAGGUCCCCUCCCGCGAUCCCGACUCCCCGCCGAAAUCCUCUAGCAGCAUCACCCGGACCGGCUCCGGCGUUUGGAACUACAUCCCCUUUACGUCCGCAUCCUCACAUUCCAAGACCGCGACGCCGACCCCGAGCGCCACACCGGGGAACUCUUACUCUGGCUCUCAUACCUACACGGCUUCGCAUUCUUUUGGAGGACAUGCGGCGUUGAGCGGAUACAGCAAAGAGAAGGAGGACAGUCAUUACGCUGGCGCAGGGAGGAGUCACAGUGUGGCAUAUGGCGGGACGAUAGGAGGAUAUGGGACUACAGGGGGCAUGGGCAUGGACCGACCGCUACCACCGAGAAGCGGGCCUGGAGGUUAUGGACAUAGGCCGAAGAGCAUUGACUUGGUGACACCGUUUGCGGUGGGACAUUGA